GCCUAGUGCUCUUUGGGGUUUCCCGAGUUAUUAAACCAAAGUUUGGCAUCUUCAUGCUUACAGCGCUCGUGCACCACUUGCGGGAAGUGUUACAUGUAUCUGGCUGAUCAAGGACGACGAGAAAGAGAGUUGGAAGGCGGAGAGGGACUGUGAGGUUAUGGAUAGAGGAAGGCAAUCGCGAUGGAGCAGGGAAGGGUGAGGAAAAGGACGAUGAGGGGGACCUUAUGGAAAACACCGGUCCAAGAUUAUCCGCUUCCAGACCUCUCACCUCCUUCUCCUGCGUUGAGUGCUCGUUCUGAUACAUCGAACCAGAGCGCAUUAGCUCGACUGCGCAACUUUAGCCUUGUGGGAGGUAGACAAGCCAACGUGCACAGAUCAGUGGCCUCCAUCUCAUCCUCACCGACUCGGAGGGAAUCCUCACCGGAAGGCGACCCAGAGCAUCAUUUGAGGCAGAUGUCAUCAUUUGAGAAGCUUAGCAGUACGUUUGGGUUCUCAGGUUCGUCGAGACGGAGCGUGAGUCCGGAUUCGAUGUCCUCGGUGACAUAUGCAGAGUCGGAGGACGACUCUGAUGCGGAAUAUGAUGACGGGACAGGGAGACAGAAAAAGCGGGCGCGGAGGCGGAGUAUGAGUAGUAUACCGGGCGCUUUGGAUGACAUGCACUUUGAGCUUGAUGAACGGGAGGACGACGGUGCUGCGGACGAACAGGAUGAAGAAUUCGAUGGGGAUGGAGGGAUAGUGGCUGAUGAGGAGGCGGAAGAGGACGCGUUUGAUGAAGAUCUCUUGGCAGCUGGAGAAAUGAAGAAUGUCCCUUUCCUAUAGAUCCUUAUACAGCGUAGAGUACUAUUACAUAUAUUUAUAAUUUGCCGUUUGGCGUACUGUGAGACUUAUACAAGGUGCAAAGGCUCAUAUCGAACCUUUUCGAAUCUCCUUUCAUUUUGCGAGUCUUGGACUCUCAAAAAUUCAUCAUCCGUAACCUCAGUCUCACUAUCGUUGACGG